AAAAAAAGAUAAAAAUAUUGGACAGCAAGAAGGCAGCGCCAAAAACCAGGUCCAGUUUAAUGUGCAAAAGUGAGUGUGUGAGAAUGUGUAUGUGAUGGUGGUGGCAGCAUCGGUAGCAGCAGAAUCAGCAUCAGCAGCGACGACAACUACGACGACAGUAACGACGAUAUUUGUACCAGUUUAAGUAUUUUAAUUAUCAUCAUAUAAAAUUUUUGUGUUUUAAUUGUCAUCAUGAUUGUGAUAGUUAUGAUGAUGAUGAUGAUGGUGAUGAUGGUUGUGAUAGUAGUGGCAGAAGCAUAGUGAAACGGUGAAUUCUCAGUUUCUUGAUAAAAAAAAAAAAAAAAGACCAAGAGUCGGUCAACCCACUUCAUUCCUCUAUCAUUUAACGUUCCCUUUUUUCUUUUUUUUGUUUUAUCUUUUUUUUUUUUCGUUUUUUAUUGUAUUUUUUUAACCCACAAGCUUUAUCUCUUGGCAAUUUUACUAGUUUUUUUUUCCUCUUUUGUAUUCUCAUUUUUUUUUUCCUUUUUUUUUUUUUUGCAAUACACUACUCCUUUUUUUUUUAAGCAACAUUGCAAGACAGAACGCACGCGCGCGCCCGCUCUAUCAGUGCCGUGUGUGUAUGUGUCGAUCAUCGUAUCUGUGACAAAAAAAAAAAAAAAUAAUACAUCAUAGGAAUUGAAGCUUAAAAUUUUAAGUUUAUUAAUCAAUUAAUUUACAUAUUAUUUGAAUUUUUAAAACUAAUUUUUGUGAGAGAAAAAAAAAAGUUUCAACGACAUAAAUAAAAAAACAGUAUGAGUUUAUAAUAACAAUAACAAAAAGUGAGAGAAAAAAAAAAGGAAUGCAUAUGAAUUAGUGAAACAAAGGGUUAAUGAUUACUGAGGAUAUACAAAAGAAAAAAAAAAUAUAUGUAGAGGUUAACCGGAGGGAGAGGCCGAGGUUACGCGCUACCAAGUGGGAGAGAAGUGUAACACAGUUGCAAAAAGGAAAAAAAAAAGCUCGAAAUAGUAGCGAGUAAAUGCAAGGGUAAAAAAGAAAAAAAAAAUACGAACAAGCCAACGGGGGUGGUGAAUAAAAAAACAAAUUAAUAAAUUAACAAGAAAAAUAUUAAUGAAAAAAAAAUUUAAAGCAAAUAACAGCAGAGAAGUCUUUCGAGACACAAGUAUUUCUUGGAGAAAAAAAAAGCUCUCACACGAGCACACACACACGCACAAACACACUGACGAAAAAAAGCUUCAAAGAUAGAAGAUACAUAUGUAUACAAUACACAAGUAGACAAAUAAAUAAAAAUAAAAUAAAUAAAUAAAAAAUAUUUAUAUAUUUGCACAGUUUGUGUUGGCGGGGUGUGUCCAUGGAUCGACGGGUUGUUAAUUUACUCGGGUGUAAGUGUAGCCGUAUACGGCACCAUCCCAAUUGCCAAACAAAUGGAUAAUAUAUGGAGCAAUUUACCAACAUAGUAAAAAAAUAAUUAUAUAAAAAAUAGUGUGUUAAUUGUAUGUGUGUGUGUUAGUUUGUGGGGGACAGAGGGAGGGUUGAUGAUGGAGUUAUGUUUUGGUACAUGGCUGACAAGAUGAGAUGAUGAUGAUAAUGAUAAUAAUAAACAAGACAUUAGGGUAAAAGAACGACGUCGAUUUGUAACGACGUUAUCACUAAUAAUUGUUAUCAGCAUGCAGCAUGAACCGCGUGUAUUUUUGCACCAGAAGUGUGAGGCAGACGACGAAGAAGAAGAUAAAUUAUUAUCAAUUAAUAAAAAUAUUAAAAAAUGUGUAUUAUCAAUUGAUGCUAUUGAUAAAGAAAAAUCAAUUAUUAUUGAUAGAAGUGAUAGAGAAAAAAGAAGAAAUCGUAAAAUUCAAGAUAAGUGGUUAUCGCGUAAUAAGUGUCGACUUGUUGAGAUACGUCAUUGGCGUGCUAAAAGAAAAACAACAAAAAAACAAAAAAAUUGUUUUUUCGUGCAAUUAUUUAUCAAUAAUAUCAAAAAUAAUAAUAUUAAUAAUUUUAAUUUUAUUAUUAUUUGUGAAAACAAUAAAAGAAUUAGUAAAAAAUAUAAAAAUAUAUAUAACGCUAUUGACUGGUCAUUUACCAAUCAAAAGCGUUGUAAUAUUAUUAAUAUUAUUAAUAAUAAUUGUGUAUAUUAUUAAAUAUAAAUACCUGGUGAUAAUAAUACCAGGCACUGCGUCAAAAACAGACGGCGCCGGCAAUUGCGGCGACGGGCCCAGGCCUUCGUGGCUGCUUCAGCGAUGCGGCCCGGAUCAGCCGAACGCAGCAACCCGCGCCGUCGUCCCUGUCGCCGGCGAGCCAGGCCCAAAUCAGCGUGGUGUUGUUUACAAAAAAACAACAACAACAACAACAACAAAAAGAUAAAAAAUAUUAUAAAAAAAUUAAUACACAAAGGUGUAUAUAUUGUUUGUUUAACAGCAGAUGGUAUUAUUAUAAAAAACAAAAAAAGAAGAAAAAAUUGUAUAAUAAUAAUUUAUAUAAAUAUAAAAAAAUUAUUAUUAAAAAAAUAUAUUGGUCGACGCUUACUUAUUCAAAAAAGUGUCGACAACAUCGUCGUGGGGACGUCAGUGUCCCCUGUCACGUGCUCAUGCAACUCGAGCAUUUGCCCCGUAUCACGGGAUCAUUACCCACGACGAAAAAAAAGAAAACGAAGACGAAGACGAACAUAUGGAAUAAUAAUAAUCAUAAUAAUAUUAAUAAUAAUUUUAAUUAUAAUAAAAUUAAUAAAAAAACAAAAUUAUGUAAAUUUAAAAAAGCUAAAACAACGAGAAAAUUAUUUGCCAACAUUGCCGUCCAUUAUAUUCGUUCUUCGUCCAUAUUUUCAUAUAAUAAUAAUAAAUAUAAAAAAAAUUAUUAUGACACACAUAAAAAAUUUACGAAUAAUUAUGAAUAUGACAAUUUUUAUAAUGUCAAUAAAAAGGUACAACAAAAUGCCAAAAAAAACGGCCUAUGUACCAAUUUUAUUCAUGAAAAAAAAUAUGAUGAUAAUGAAAAAUAUUUACAAAUUAACAAGACAUUUCGUAAUAUUAAAAAACAUUCUCUAUACAAUUUGCAAAAUUUAUCAUUAUCAUCAUUAUCGUCAUCGUCGACAUCGGCAUCGAUAUUGCCAUCAUCAUCAUCAUCAUCAUCGUUAUCCUCAUUGUCAUUAUCAUUAUUGUCAUCAUCGUCAUCGUCAUCAUCAUCAUCAUCCUCAUCAUCAUCACCACCAUCACCAUCAUCAUUAUUAUCAACAUCAUCAUCAUCAUCGUCAAAAAGAAUAUGUCGAUUGUCAAAAAAAAAAAAUAAUAGGCUUGAAAAAAUUAAAUUCUCAUGUUGUCAACACAUUGACAAUAAUAAGAAUAAUAAAUUUAAAAAAUAUCCAAUUAAAAAAUUAUUAUUGUUGCAUAAAAAAAAAUUUAAAAAAUACAAAAAUAAUAGAAUUUCUAAUAUUACUAAUGCUUUUACCAAUGUGCUUGAUAACACUGCCUUCAAUUAUCACAAAUAUGAAAAUAAAAAAAAAAGCAAUGACAAAAAAUAUGAUAAAAUUAUCACAUCAUUGGAGACAAAUGAAAAUAAAUUAUUUAUUGAUAUGUCGAUUAAUAAUGAAAAAAAAAUUACAAAUAAAUAUUGGUCAAGACACAGACGAAAAUGUCAUAAAUAUAAAACAAAUAAUAAUAAUAUUAAAAAUAAUAAUAACAAUAAUAAUAAUAAAAUUAAAAAUAAAAAUAAAAAAAUGUAUGAAAAUACUGAGAAUGACAAUACUGCCUGGUUGGAUCCAAAAUAUUUAUCAAAUAUUGUAUUGGAUAAUAAUAAUAAAAAAAUUAAUAAAUUACGUUUUAAUAAACGUAUUAGUAAACAUAAUAGAAAUAAUAAUAAUAAAAAUAAUGUUUUACUUAUAUUAUUUUAUUUUUUGGCAUUACCAUUGUUGUGCUCGACAGAUUUAUCAUCAUCUUCAUCUGAUAAAAUUACAACUACAAAAACAACAUCAACAACAACAACCACAACAACAACAACAACAACAGCAACAACAUCAUCAACAACAAUUUUACAAACAAAUAAUAUUACAAAUAAUAAAUAUAAUAAUAAUAAAACAGAUACACAUCGUUUACGUAAUGGUGCAAUUAAUAUUGAUCCAAAAAAACAAGAAAAAUUACAAAAAAAUAAAAAAUAUAAUGAUACACAUCCUUAUAAAAUAUAUAACUGGGAGGUGAAUCAAAUAAAUCCUUGGUUAUCAGCUUGUGAUCUGGCUGGUCCAGCACCAGCUGAUCUUCUUGGUACAUGUGGACCUCCAGAAGUGCCAAAAUAUUGUCCAUUACCAUGUGAAUAUAAUGGAAUAAGUGAUAAAAUAUUUAAUGAUGUUGUACAAAGUCUUGAUGUACCAAUUAAAUGGCGUACUGGUUCAGCAUCAACUGUUAAAUGGAAAAUAACAACAUCAUCAACAAAAAUUAUAAAUAAUAAUAAUAAUAAUAAUAAUAAUAAUAGUAGUAGUGGUAGUAGUACAGUGGCUACAAUACAGUGCCUUUAUUAUCUUGAGGAUUCACAUAAACGUGAUAUUUGUCAAGAAAAUUUUGGACGUAAUAAUCGAUUGAGUUUUUCAACAUCACGUGAAAAUCGUUAUUGGUUUGUUAGUGGUCUUCGUCUUCGUCAUUGUUGUGAAUUACCAGCAAUAAAUGCAUUGGCACCUGGUAAAGGUGGUCCACUUGAGGACGUUUUAAAUGGUGGUAAAAAAUGUAUUGAUGCACUUGAUAAACUUUUGAUUGUUGAUGCACUUGCUGCAAGACUACAUUGUGAAUUUCAAGAAGUACUUGCACGUUAUGAUUGUGCAACACCAUAUUCAGUUAUUCACAACUGCACCCACUGCAAGGAAUCAUAUAGAAAAUGGGUAUGCAGUUCCCUGGUGCCUUACUUUGCUCAUGGGGGACCUUCGGACUCAUUAACAUCAGAUGGAGCUUAUGUUGGUUUAAGAUUGAGACCAUGUUUGUCAUUUUGUCAAUCUGUUGAACAACGUUGUCCUUAUUUACUUCCUGGUGAUCGUGCACCUGCUUAUCCAACACAAUAUGCUGGAGAGCCAACUUUUCUCUGCACUGAUCCAAAUAUACCAGAAACUGGUGAACAGGCAAUAAGAGGAUUACAUGGAAAUGAAGAUGAAGAAUGUUGUUUUCGUGUUUGUUCUGAGGACCAUCCAGGAUCAGGUGUAUGUGCAAAUUGUACAAAAUUAUUACCACAUGGUCAUCGUAUUGGUCGUGAUCCAGCAACAGCACCUCAUUGUGAUACAACAACAAGUCAAAAUUUACCACCAAGUGGUUCUACAGGUAAACAAGAAAAUAAUAAAGAUGGUAAUACUGUUAUUUCUUUGUCAACAUCAUCUAUUUCAUCAAAAUGUGCAAGUGGUACAAGUAAAAAUAUACCAACAUCAUCAUCAUCAUCCUCAUCAUCUGGCAAUAAAAAUUCACCACAAAUUACAAUAUCAUUAAUAUGUUUAUUAUGGAUUUGGGCAGCACUUAUAUCUUUGUGUACAAGCCAAACAGCAUUUCCCUGGAGUCCAGCGCUGGAUGUUGGCUUCAUACAAUCAAAAUCAUCAAAUAUUAUGAUGAUUAAUAAUAAUAAUAAAUCAUCAAAAAAAAAAAUAUCAUUAUUAACAUUAAUAUGUUAUGAUAAAAAAAUUAAAAUUAAAUUAACAAGAGCAACACAUCAAUUACGAAAAAUAAUUAUUAUUUGUAUUUAUUAUGAUAUAUAUUCAUGUAAAGAAAAAAAAUUAUGGUAUCGUUGGUGGUGUUGGUGUGCCUGGAAAAAUUCAUUAUUUUCAUGUUGCUAUAAAUUUAAAUGGUAUCGUGCAAAAACAAGAAUAAAUUUACAAUAUAAUAUUAAUAAUAAUUUAAAUUAUAAUAGUAAUAAUAUUAAUAAUAAUUAUUAUUAUUAUAGAAAUGAUAAUAAUGAUGAUAAUAGUGAAAUUGAUGAUGAUGAUGAAGAUGAUAAUAAUAAAAAAAAUUGGUAUUAUUAUUCACAAGAAAUAUGGAAAAAUAAUAGUAGCUCAAAAUAUAUAAUAUUAUUAACAACAAAAAUAUAUAAAAAAUGGAUAAUUAAAUGGAAUUUAAUAAGAAAAAAAAAAAGAAGAAAUAAAAGAAGACAUAAACUGUUAUAGUCCUUGGAAAUUGAAGAAAUCUAUUAUUUAUUGGGAUAAUUUUUGGAUGUAUCGCUUGCCAAGCGGAUAUGAUCGACUAAUACAUCGAAGCCAUGUAAUGAUUAGAGACCUCAACUAUAAAACACACUGUUAAAAUUCACGCGGCCUCAUUCAAUUCACUAUUAUGUGUGUCGAAAAAAAAAAUGGAUGGAGUGAUAUUUGAGAACGGAAAAAUGGUGAUGUAUAUAGUAGGUAUAUAUAGUUUUAAAAUUUAUCCAUAUACGUAUUUUAUUUUUUAUUUUUUUAUUUAUGUGCUCUUUGUAGCCUUGGUGCGGUUUGAACGGGACUGACAAGAGGGGUUGCGCGAAUGGGCUCGACGUAAAAUUCAAUUUCACGCGCCAUGGCACUCAUGAUUUCCUCCUUCUUCACCUCCCAUUUUCACAUACACAUUUCUCUUUUCACCUUUACUCUUCACAUAUUGCCUGAUCAAUGCCAAAAUAAUUUAAAAAAUAAAACAAACAAAUAUUCCAUCUUUAUUUAUUGUUUUUUAAUUUAAUUAUUUAUGAUAAUUGAAAAAUUUUUUUUUUAUAUAUUUAAAAGUCUUAUUUAAAUAAAAUAUUUUAGACAGUUAAAGUUUAUAUGGUAUAUAGAUAAACACUCGUGUGAGAAGUAGUGAAUAAAGGAUGAUCGAGUUGUGUAGAGAGUUUUGGUGAACAUUUGAAAAUAGUUUGGAUAGUCGAUCAACUAUUCGUCGUUUGUUAAAAGUUUAUCGUUGAAACUCGAUUACCUGUAUUUUAAAGCUAUGUACUAUAUUUAAAUUAUUUAAAUAACAAAUCAUUUAUCAGAUUAAAAAAAAAUUUAAUUUAAUUUUUUUUUCUUUUAUUAAUUUAAUAAAUAUUUUAAUGAAAAAUAUUUUUAAUUUUUCAUUCCAAUUCCUAUCAUCUAUUCAACUCAUUUACAAUCCCAUGCCUGAGGUGCUUGGAGAUCCAUGAAUACUGCCUUAGCGACAGCAAAAUAAAAAAAAUAAAUAAAAUAAUGGAAUAUUAUUAUUGAUAAUUUAGGAAAAUAAAUAAUUGCUUGUAUUAAAAGGAAAACCAAUGCUAGUAAUAUCUAUUGCAAAACAGGUUAAGGGCCUUAGAAAGUAAACAAACCAGAAACAUAACUAGUUGGUAAGCCGUUGUUGUUAAUUAUAAAAAAAAAACAUUAAUAAAUUCAUAAUUAAAAAAAUAAAUUAAAUUCAAAUAAUAAUAAUAACAUUGUUCAGUUGUUGAGCAUUGAAUAGAACUGAUGAAACAUUGAAUCAACACCAAUGGAUAAAAAAAAAAAAAAUAAACCCAAUAAAAAAAUCUCAAAUUGAGAUACGAUUUAAAAAAAAAAAAUACAAACACAUGAACAAAAAUAAAGCUACAAUUUCUAUUCGUGAGGAAAAUUGUAAAUUGCUAAAAAAUAAAAAAUAUAAUGUUAACGUAAUAUUUAAGCGUUGAUAGGAGAAAAAAAAUUGAAAAUAAAUGAAAAAAAAAAAAACACGUACAUGUAUAUUAAAAACGUGCCGUUAUAAAUAAAUAUAGUCGUUAUUAGUAGUUAUUAUUAUUAACGCUUCAACGCUGGAAAAGGAACAAGAUUAGAAUUUAGGUAGAUGAACCGGGUGCAGCCGAAAUAAAUUAUAAAAUAAUAAUAAGUAAAAAAAGAAAAAAAAAAAAAAAAAAAACCCCAAUUAUGAAAAAUAAUAAUAAUGAUCUAUUAUUUAUUAAUAAUUUAUAAUAAUAGAAAUGAUAAUAAAUGAUGCUAAUAAUUGUUAUUACUAGAAAAUAAAUAAUUCAUAAAAAAAACUUUCAUAAAAAAAAAAUUAAAAUGAUAAAUUACAAUGGUUAAAAAAAAAAAAAACAUUUUAUAAUGCUUUUAAUUCAUGAAAAGUAUAUCAUAAAAAUAAUAAUUAAUAUACCACUAAGGUAUAAACGCAUGAUAAAUAAAUGAUAAACCGUCUUUAAUAAUUCUUCAAUUGACACCAAAAAAAAAAAAAUAAUAAUAAAUAAAUUUAAUAAAUAAACAAAUCGUUUUUAUGAUAAUGUCGUUAUAAUGCAACAUUAAAAUUUUGAGAUUUUAGUGGUUAAUAAUAUAUGUUGAGCUCGUUUGUGAGAUGAUGAAAAUUGAGGGUUAAAAAAGAGGAGUUAUAGAGAGAGAAGAGGUGUGUAAAGUUUGCGUCUAAUUCUAUCGAUCGUUCUCAAGCACAAGCCACUUUUAGAUACAUGAAAUAAAGGACAGAGUGCUUUUGGUUAUAUAUAUUUAUAAAGCUUGUCAAAAUUAUAGAGAAAGACCAUUGCAAGUUUAAUUUUAGUCCAGCCGCCAAUUAACCAUCCUUCAUUGAGUUAUUUCGACAUUAAUUUUCACCCAAUUUACAGCUAUUCACGACAAAUCCAAUAACCUUCAUAAUUUAAUUACAUUGCGCGUAAAUAUUCUAUUGUCAUUUUUUUUUUAACAAUUUUUUUCAUUUAUUUAUUUAUUAUUUAUUUAAAAAAUACUGACAAUGUUUAAUUGACAUGCAUAUAAAUAAUUUAUAAUCAAUUGCAUUAAUCAAAUUAAAAAAAAAAGAAAAAAAAUAAAAAAAAAUAAAAAUAAAUUUAUCCAAGUAUUUGCAAAACAAUUUUUACACUAUUUUUUUUUUUUUUUUUGUUUAAAAACUUUGUGUAAUCGUGAAAAAACUUUAGUUGGAUGAAAAACAAAAUUUUAAGUAAAUUAACAUAUCGUAUCUCGUUUAUGUUGUUUCAUGUCUGACUAAAUCUUGACUUGAACUACUGAAAAUAUAAAAAAAAAUCGAUACUGCGACAUGUGUUGAUAUUACUGAUCGAUAAAAUAGUCUCUAUAAUUUUAAUCAACACACUGGGCAUGCGCUUAUAUAUAAAAAAAUAAAAUAAUAAUCGUAUGAGUAUCAAAUUAUAUCAAGAUAAUGACAGAAAAAAAAAAAAAAUAAAUUCUUUUUAUUUUUGAAUUGUACGAUACGACAAUGUAACAUUAUUUUUCUUCUUGUUCCAAUAUCGGCCUCAUUCAUCUCGACUUAUCCUUACGUCUUUUCAAUGACAUCAGAUCGACCUUAUCAAAUAUAAGGCAUUCUAUUAUACUGACUACAUCGCGAUAAAAAUGUCUUUCUAACUCUUCUUCUUACUUUUCAUUUUUUUUUUUUUUUCUUCUUCUUCGCCAUUUGUGUAACCUAAAUUCACGAGGGAGAGAGAAAAUUAAAAAAAAAAAGAAAAUCAAUUGUAAUGCUAGAUAAACAUUGUUCUCAUAAUGCAUUGUUCAUGAAAAAAAAAAAAAAAAGAUAAUAAAAA